AUGAUGUGCUGGCUGUAUCUGUCCGGGCUGGUGUUUGCUGUGCUCAUCCCAGCUGGAUGGCAGGUGGCUCCCGAGGACUUGGAGGACCUGUCCAGCAGAUGGAAGUUGUUCAGAUCCCAGAACUCCCAGAGCUUCCCGUCCCACAUCAAGCGCCACUCAGAGGGGACCUUCACGAGUGACUUCACGCGGUACCUGGACAGGAUGAAGGCCAAGGACUUUGUGCAUUGGCUCAUCAACACAAAGAGGUGCCAGGAGCAGGGAGAGGGGCAGGAUUUUUCUGGGAAACAACUGCUCAGUACCCCAAUCCUGAUCCUGAUGGAGAGCUGGAGAGGGGCCUGA